AUGUUUAUGGCCAUUGGCAGUGGCAGUGGCAGCAAUUGCUGCAGCUGGGUGCUGUCCCGUCCCAUUCCCGGGAUGCCUCGGGCUCCGUGGCCCAUGUCGUUGGCCUGGCCAAAUCGUAAGCACUCCCCGGCGGGCCGUAAAUCAUGCUCACUUACCUCACUGUUGGCGCCAGUGGCCACGUUGCUGUUGUUGCCAUUGCUGCUGCUGCUGGCCACGCAUCGGAAAUCGACGGAACCACCUGAUGAGCGUCGCGGUUUGCCGAUGUCGAGGCGCAGAAUUCCCGGCUUGGGGCGACGGGGAGCUGGGGCCGGCGGGCUCUGCACCCAGUCGGCGUUACUAAACCCCGGAGCUCCAGCGUCAGCUCCAGCUCCCGCUCCUGCUCCAGAUGGCCCCGCCGCUUCGUUGGCCUCGUUCUGCAUGGCCAAAACCGAAGAGACUGGGAAAACGCGAUUAUUCACCGCGCACACGUCCGCCGUGCAGCGCCAGCGCGAACUGACUACAUCCGUGUCCUGGCCAGGACUUGGAAGCAACAAUUACGCGCGCAGCCACGGGCACUGA